ACACUAACCACGGCAAAAACAGUCGAUUGCCGAGAGGCGAUCCUACUCAAAGACCCGUUGAUAUAUAGAGAGAGCCUCAAAAACGACAAGGGGGAAAGAGCCUCCGGAACUUGCGAAUGGAUCCUAGAGAAUGAGAUCUACAGAUCUUGGCUUAACGGCGAUGAGCAUUGUUUGUGGAUUUGUGGCGGCCCCGGCAAAGGUAAAACAAUGCUUUCAAUCUUCUUGACAGAAGAACUUGAGAGAAAACAGCACGAAAGAGGGGACGACCAGGAUACAACAUCGUUGUAUUUCUUUUGUGCCAAUGGAAAUGAAAACUGCAACAAUGCGAUAGCCGUGUUAAGAGGAUUAGCAUAUCAGCUACUCAGCAAGCAUCCAGAUAUAUCAACAUCUGUAGCAUCAUAUUUCGAGACAGCAAAGCAUACCGAAAACACAUUGAUAUCCCCAGAAACUCUUUGGAUGGUAUUCAAAACACUAUUGCGAGCCCCAAAGCUCGGUACCGUCUAUUGUAUACUCGAUGGACUCGAUGAAUGCGAUGAGAAAUCCAUUAGAGAACUAGUCAAACAGUUCCGAGACUUCUACUCGCCAUCAGAUCACACAGGACCGAUCGCCCAAAAUUUGAAAUUGGCGAUAGUGAGUCGAAAAAUAAACGGACUAGAAGACUUCCCCAAGAUACGAUUGGAUCCUGACAACGACAGUCUUAUAAAUGAAGAUAUCAAACGGUUCAUAUCUACUGCAAUGCAAGAAUUAUCACGCCGUCCAGGUUAUGAUGAUGAUUUCGUCAGAGAUAUUGAGAAUGUUCUGCUGAGACGGUCCAAUGGCACUUUUCUGUGGAUAGGAUUCGUGAUGAAGGCGCUUUUAGACAUGUCGACGCGGAUGGAGGUAAUGGACGUGCUAAAUGCUCUUCCUCAAGGACUCCCUGCCAUGUACGGCCGAAUGUUACUGCAGAUUAAGAGCAGCCAACGACACAUCAUAUCGACAAUAUUGAAAUGCGUCACGAUAGCCCGUCGCCCAAUGACAUUGGAAGAGUUGAAGACAGCUGUCUCUCUCUUGUGCAAUACGCCGAUUGAUAGCACUCAAAUCAUGUGUGACCGGAUAGCUUCAUGUGGACCCAUCCUCCGGAUUUCCGGAGGACAUGACACAGGUACAUGUAGUCUUGUCCAUCAAUCAGCGAGGAACUACCUAUUACGGGAAGAAGUCGACACUGAUCCAAUACUUGAGGAGUUUCGAAUCGAGGGAAAAGAAGCGCAUACUAGCCUAGCAAGAAUAUGUCUUGCUUGCAUUGAAACCAGCGACUUCCGCCAUAAACCUCUGAAUAUCACGGAUGCAUCAGUUUUGAAGAAAUCGCCUCUCUUGGGCUACGCAACAAAACACUGGCCAGAACAUGCAAGGCAUACAGCCGAAGAUUUGGACUUCCCAAAGACUUUCUUCCAGAAGAAAGAUGAUUUGUGGAAGCAUUGGUGGCGAUCCUACACAAAAGCUUUCCAAAAAUAUGUUAACCAGAGAAACAAGCAUAACAUGACGCCACUGAUGUUGGCCGCCGAAGAGGGUCAGCACUCCGUGGUGCAUCUUCUUCUCGAAAACGGCGCCGAUGUUAACGUGAAGUCGGAAGGCAGCGUUUGGGGAUGGACGGCACUAGAACUUGCCGCUACAAGAGGGCAUCUAAGCGUCGUACAGCUGCUUCUUGCCAACGGCGCCGAUCCUGAACUUCCAGGUAACGGCGUGGCGCUGAAUGGUGCUGCAGCAAACGGCCACGCGGAUAUAGUCCAGUUGCUGCUUACCAAAGGCGCCGUUGUUAACUCGGCUAUUGCCCGCCGUGGUAUAUAUACACCGCUAAGUCUGGCUGCUGGCAAUGGCCACGAGGCCACCGUACGGCUGCUGCUCGCUAAUGGCGCCAAUAUUAAUAUAAACCUGGAAGAUAAAAAUGGUUAUACAGCACUAAGGUGGGCCGCCAAUAGAGGCCACGAAGCUAUCGUACGGCUACUGCUUGCUAACGGUGCCGAUGCUAAACUUGAGGACGAGGCGCUAUUCGAAGCUUCGUGGCUGGGCCGCGAGACGAUAGUACAACUGCUACUCGAAAAUGGUGCUGAUAGCAAACAUGGUGCAUUCGACAGGGCGCUGGGGGUGGCUGCUGGGAAAGGCCACGAGGCCAUAGUCAGAUUACUGCUCGCA